CCCAUUGGGCGGUGCCGAGGGUAAACAAGCGGCGCUGGGCGGGGCGUGGUGGGGGCCGCUCGCUCGGGGGCUGGGGGCCGGCGCAGAGCGGCAGCGAGGUGCCCGGUGCCCGGGCGAGGAGUGGCGCUUCCCGAGGCUCAUUCCGGCCCCGGCCCCGGCCCCGGCCCCGGCCCCGCCUGCAACGGCCUCGCACCUGCCGGAGCCCAGGCGGGAGCCCCCUUCCCGGGCUGGUGUCGAUGCUGAGCGUGCCGGGGGCACUGUCGGCCUGCCCCACACCAUGGAUGGCUUCUACGACCAGCAGGUUCCCUUCAUGGGCCCCGGGAAGUCGUGCACCGAGGAGGGCCGAGGCCGGCUGGGGUCCGACAGGAAAAGGAAAUUUUUGGAGACCGACCUGGCCCACGAUUCGGAAGAGCUCUUCCAGGAUCUCAGCCAGCUCCAAGAGGCCUGGCUAGCUGAAGCUCAGGUCCCCGACGACGAACAAUUUGUCCCAGAUUUCCAGUCUGACAACUUAGUCCUGCACGCCCCACCUCCGGCCAAGAUCAAGCGGGAGCUGCACAGCCCUUCCUCAGAGCUGUCGGCCUGCAGCCACGAGCAGGCUCUCUGUGCCAGCUAUGGAGACAAGUGCCUCUACAACUGCUGUGCCUACGACAGGAAGCCCCCUGCUGGGUUCAAGCCAUUAACGCCGCCCGCCACGCCGGUGUCCCCCACGCAGCCAGGAUCCUCCCUGCCAGCCCCGGCAGUGCAGGCGGCUGCCCAUGGCACCCCGGCGGCCCCGCUCCGCAGCGCUGUGCCCGCCCCGCGCCCGCUGCAUGAGCAGAGGCAGCAAACCUUUGCGGUGCCGCGGCCGCCUCACCAGCCCAUGCACAUGCCAAAGAUGAUGUCGGAAAACCAAUACCCUGCAGAGCACAGGUUUCAGAGGCAGAUGUCUGAGCCCUGCCACCCCUUCCCGCCACAGCCCACUGUUCCUGGGGACGGCCGCCCCGUCUACCACCGGCAGCUGUCGGAGCCCGUCGGCCCGGCCGCCCCCCACCCCGCUCAGGGAUUCAAGCAGGAGUACCACGACCCGCUCUAUGAGCACGCCGGCCCCAGCCUGCCUGCCCCCCCCGGGCACAGCUUCCAGUCCCCCAUGGGCAUCAAGCAGGAGCCCAGGGACUACUGCAUCGACUCAGAAGUGCCUAACUGCCAGUCCUCGUACAUGAGGGGGGGCAUCUUCCCCAGCAACAACGACGGAUUUUCGUAUGAAAAGGACACACGAUUGUACUUCGAUGACACGUGUGUGGUACCGGAGAGACUGGAGGGUAAGGUGAAGCAGGAGCCCACCCUGUACCGUGAGGGCCCUCCCUACCAGCGGCGGGGGUCCCUGCAGCUCUGGCAGUUCCUCGUCACGCUCCUGGACGACCCCGCCAACGCUCACUUCAUCGCCUGGACCGGCCGUGGCAUGGAGUUCAAGCUGAUCGAGCCCGAGGAGGUGGCACGGCGCUGGGGUAUCCAGAAGAACCGUCCGGCCAUGAACUACGACAAGCUGAGCCGCUCCCUGCGCUACUACUACGAGAAGGGCAUCAUGCAGAAGGUGGCCGGCGAGCGGUAUGUCUACAAGUUCGUCUGCGACCCCGACGCCCUCUUCUCUAUGGCCUACCCCGACAAUCAGCGCCCCUUCCUGAAAGCGGAGCCCGACUGCCACGUGAACGAGGAGGACACGCUGCCGCUGACGCACUUCGAGGACAGCCCCGCGUACCUCCUGGAGGUGGAUCACUGCGGCGGCCUUCCCUACGCGGAGGGCUUCGCCUACUGACUUGGCCGGCCGGCACAGCGACGAGCACUAGCACCUCUGCUUUGGGCAAAUAAGGGCAAUGGUUUUGUAAAGAAUACUUUUUGCCAUUUCUUAAAAAAAAAACAAAAAACAAAAAAGCAAACAAACAACGAAACACAAAAGGAGAUGAAACGCGUGUGCGCACACACAGACUGGCCUUUACCUGUAAGCGCCGUUGGAGCAAGCUAAAAGCCCCGGUGUGUGUCAGCGCUGAGUCCACAACCUUACUGUCCAAGGGCUAGUGCGUAGGACUGCCCGUGGCUGGCACCUCCCGCCAGGCAUCCCAGAGGUGUUUUGGGGAGAGGGGAGCUAAACACCAAGUCUCUGACCCGGGCCACGUUUCUCAUGAGCAAGCGACGGCCGAUGGCUUCAGCAGCGCCCGUGAGACUGGUCUAGACGGUGUGACUGUGUAGCGAAUUGUCACGACAAUCUGCUUUGCAUCGAUCACAAUAUGCGUAGCUGCCUUGUGUGUUGGAAAGGGCUUCGAUUUGCACAGGCGAGGGGUGUCUGGGGGGGGGCUCGGGCAGGGGACACACCGUGCCCAUGCCCCAGGGCUGAUGUGCAUGGUGUCCCACCCCGAGCUGGAGCUGCCUUCUGCCUUCUUCCUGGACAACACCUCCCCGCCCCACCUCGUUCCCCUCGAGUGUUGCUCUCUGAUGUAACAGUCCCUUAGCCUUCUCCCCCCCCCCCCUUUCCUGUGUCCCCCUAAAUUCUCUUCCCCAGCUCAGGCUCUGUGCGAUGGGUUUAAUUUCAGGGGAGGAGACCAUGACACUAUCUAUCUUCCUCCCUUUUUUUUUGGAAUGUUUUAGGAAAAAAAAAAAAAGAAUUUCUAAACUUUUUUUCUGUAGAUUUUUUUUUUUUUGUAUUUUAAGGCAAAGCUCUUUUCUGCAGCCCUGCUGCUGUGCCCUGGGGCAGCUGGCAGUACAUGGGGAGCUACCCCAGCUGUGCACGUGCCCCCACGGCACUGAAGUUUCUGGUCCACUCCAUUUCACUGCUCGAGUCCUUGCUCCUGGGGGGGUCCAAGACUGAAAGGGCAAGAGCUCAGCCUCGUUCCCUUCUGAGCACAGUGGGGCUGGACUGUGGGGCCCCCCCACCCACUGCAGCUCUCCGCACUCCUCCACCUCUCAUAUACGCGUAACCCCACCGGCUACAUGUUUUUGUUGUAAAUGCUGUAUAGGAUUUUUUUUUCCUCCUCCUUAGUUAGCUUUGUUUGGAUUUUUUUGGACUGAAUCAUUUUUUUUUUGGGGGGGGGGGGGGGGGGGCGGGAAGUAUGAAGAUUAACUCCCGGUAGGCUUGGUUGCUAUCCCUGGGAGGUACCAAGUGGCCCAUGCUAUUGGGAAGCAUUGGAUCACGGGAUCCACACCCUGGGGACAGCUGUAAGCAUUUGCUCAGUGUGGCAGGUCUACGGUGCAGGAAGGGGUUAAUCUGAGGACUGAUUUCAAAUAACCUUUACUUGAGCAGGGCUAUGUAUCUCCUGCAAAGCUGCAUUACGUUCUGUACUGUGUACAAUAAAGGAUCUUGCUUUCUGUUC